ACCCUAACCCUAACCCUAACCCUAACCCUAACCCUAACCCUAACCCUAACCCUAACCCUAACCCUAACCCUAACCCUAACCCUAACCCUAACCCUAACCCUAACCCUAACCCUAACCCUAACCCUAACCCUAACCCUAACCCUAACCCUAACCCUAACCCUAACCCUAACCCUAACCCUAACCCUAACCCUAACCCUAACCCUAACCCUAACCCUAACCCUAACCCUAACCCUAACCCUAACCCUAACCCUAACCCUAACCCUAACCCUAACCCUAACCCUAACCCUAACCCUAACCCUAACCCUAACCCUAACCCUAACCCCCUAA